UCCCACACUGCACCCAUCGACAGACCGUUACUAGAAGCCAACAAUGGCAGCCAAAAGUUGGAAAUUUGCGCUGUACAGCGCAAUUUUAGUUCUCUCCUGCGAGGCUCGCCCAAACCGCGAAUGCAAGACACCUUCCGUGACAACCGCCAGCGGUGCUCUGGUCUCGCGGUCUUCCUUCUGUCCGGGCGAACUCAUCUUUGAGGACAACUUCGACACGCUGGAUCUGGAAAGGUGGCAACACGAAAAGACACUCGGAGGUGGUGGUAAUGGCGAGUUUCAGUUUUAUCUCAACGAUCGGCAGAAUUCGUUCGUGGAGGAUGGCAUUUUCUACAUCCGUCCGACGAUGCUGACUGACGAUGAGGACUUUUUGAGAAGCGGAACACUGGAUGUUAAUGGGGGGUCGCCUUAUGAUCACUGUACCAACCCCGCCUGGAAUGGAUGCGUUCGUAUAGGAACUCCGGACUUUUUGCUGAAUCCAGUGAAGAGUGCACGUGUUCGGACGGUCAAUUCGUUCAACUUCAAGUAUGGAAAGCUGGAAAUCCGGGCAAAAGUUCCGACCGGUGACUGGCUUUGGCCCGCGCUGUGGAUGAUGCCCAAGCUGGACCAGUACGGAACGUGGCCGAGAUCGGGUGAGAUCGAUCUAAUGGAGACGCGGGGUAAUUUGAACUAUCGCUAUGUCAAUGGGACACACCUCGGAGUGGAGAAUCUCUUUUCUACGCUACACUUUGGACCUGAACCGUGGUACAACGCGUACGAAACGUCAACGGCCCACAAGUACACUGCGCCUGGAGAGGGAUUCAACAACGACUUUCACCGGUAUCAGCUGGAGUGGACUCCCGAGUACAUGAAGUUCAGUAUUGACGAUGAACAGUUUUUGCUGGUUGACGGUAACUUUUGGGAACGUGGGAACUUUGUAGAUCGUGCUCCAGGCGCACCAAACCCAUGGGUUAGUGGAGGAAAGAUGGCUCCGUUCGAUGCAGAGUUCCACAUUAUUAUGAAUUUGGCAAUUGGAGCAGCGGGAGGAUAUUUCCCGGAUGAACCAGUUGCGGUGAAUGAUCCUCCAAAGCCGUGGAAGAACGGGUCACCCACGGCAAUCAAGGAGUUCUGGGAGGCUAAGGAUGAGUGGCUUCCAACAUGGAAGUUGGACGAAAACAAUGGGAAGGGAGCUUCGCUUCAGGUCGACUAUGUGCGGGUUUGGGCGUUGUAAAGGUCAAUAAAUGAUUGAUUCGGUACUGAA